UUUGCCCACGACAUACCCUCCAUGGCUCAGUAUGUUGACUUGGUCAACCUAAUGACCUACGAUUUCUAUGGCGCCUGGGACCCAUUUACCCAGCACCAGUCUGGCCUCUACGCUUACCCGGGGGAACCCGGGGUAGCAUCUACCUCACCCAGAACUUCUCCGUGAAUUACUGGAUCGAGGGAGGGAUGCCAAGUACCAAGAUCACACUGGGUAUUCCAUUGUUCGCCCGCUGCUGGUCCCUGGACAGUGAAACUGUCAAUGGCUACUAUGCACCAGCUCAGAAUCCUGGCCCAGCUGGACCUUACACUCAGACACCUGGCUUAUUGGGCUACAAUGAGCUUUGUGACCUCAUCAACAAAAACAGUUGGCCUGUGUUAGUGGCGGAAGGAUGCAACGAGCCUUACACUUACUCCGCUGCCUAUCAAAAGAUCUGGUGUUCCUUUGAGAACCAUGACUCAGUUGCUAUCAAGGCCCAGUACGCCAAGGAUAACAAUCUGGCAGGGCUGAUGGUAUGGAGUCUCGAGACUGAGGACUUCCAUGGUUACUGCUCUUCACGACCAUACGAUCUCAUCAAGACUAUGAAUGAGGUCUUCGAUGCUUAAGACAACAACACCGCUGCAACGGUGACUACAUCCUUUUUAUUAUUAUUCCCCUCACCAGCAUCAAGGAACCUCCCUUGAGGGGUUCCUUACACACCAGGGGUUCCUACCAACUAGGAGAGAGAGCGGGUCGCAGGGUGAUGACUCCCCACACCCAUUAACAUACAACACAGAUGUACAUCCAUUGCACAUUGGCAUUUCUCUACCUUUAUAAACAGAUUUAUGUAUAUACACAUCUCUUAAUAUAAAAACUAAGUUCACAAUAGAUACAUACGUUCAACUAAACAUUUCUCAAGGUUAAUAUUUAUGCAGCAUCUGAUGUAAGAGUGUGUAUUGACUGAUAUACUCACCUGGUUGUGGUUGCAGGGGUCGAUUCACAGCUCCUGGGCCCCGCCUCUUCACUGGUCACUACUAGGUCACUCUUCCUGCUCCAUGAGCUUUAUCAUACCUCGUCUUAAAGCUCAGCCACACAGUGGAUCCUGCCUCCACUAUAUCACUUCCCAGACUAUUCCACUUCCCAACAACUCUGUGACUGAAGAAAUACCUCCUAACAUCCCUGUGAUUCAUCUGAGUCUUCAACUUUCAACUGUGACUCCUGGUUGCUGUGUCCCAUCUCUGGAACAUCCUUUCUGCCUUGUCGAUUCCUCUCAGUAUUUUAUGUCGUUAUCAUAUCUCUCCUGUCUUCCAGUGUAGUCAGGUCGAUUUCCCUUAACCUCUCCUCGUAGGACAUACCCCUUAGCUCUGGGACUAGUCUUGUUGCAAACCUUUGCACUUUCUCUAGUUUCCUUACAUGUUUGGCUAGGUGUGGGCUCCAAACUGGUGCUGUAUACUAACAUACACAGUGUACAGGGUCCCUAACGAUUCCUUAUUAAGAUGUUGGAAUGCUGUUCUUAGGUUUGCUAGGCACCCGUAUGCUGCAGCAGUUAUUUGGUUGUUGUGCACCUCAGGAGUUGUGCCCAGUGUUAUACUCACCCCAAGAUCCUUUUCCUUGAGUGAGGUUUGUGGUCUCUGCCCCCCCCCCAGACUGUACUCCUUCUAUGGUCUUCUUUGCCCUUCCCCAAUCUUCAUGACUUUGCACUUGGUGAGGUUGAACUCCAGGAGCCAAUUGCUGGAUCGGGCCUGCAGCCUGUGUAUGAGUGUAUUGACUGGUGUGUAAGAAGGCUGGUUUAAGACGGAGGGCACUCAUUGGUGUAUAAGUGGGUAUACUGUCUUGUGUAUGACGAGGGAGUGUACUGUCUGCUGUAUGAGGGUGUACUGUCUGCUGUAUGAAUGUACUAUCACUAUUACUCAGUAUCAAUAUCUUGUCUAAUUUUA